UUACAUCUUGGCCUCUUUGAAAAUGCUAUUGGCCACACUGAAUUAGGCCUCAAGUAUAUGCGACAUGCCAUGUAUUAUUGGGAGAUCAUCUUUGGAAAUUUGCAUCCUGAUGGAGCUACGGCAGAUCAUAAUGUUGGAAUUAUGCUUCAAAACAUGAAAGAUUACGAAGGUAGCAUAAAGUUCUUUGAACGAGCCAAGAAUACAAAUGAAUUUGUCUUUGGAAAAAAUAAUGUCGUAACUGGAGAAUCAUAUCAUCUCCUUGCCAAAGCUCUUGCAUAUGCGGAGGAUUACAAAGCUGCAUUGAUUGCCGAGAAGUCAGCGUAUCACAUUUUCCAUGCAGUGUUCGGAGCCGAACAUCCAAGAACGAGGGAAACAGAACUAUUGCUUAGGGAUUUGACUUCAAAUGCUGUACAUAAUGCUAAAAUGGCGUUGCAACAAAAACAAGAUAAAACCCAACGCAAGCCAACGCCCAACAGGACAGUUCCAAUCCAAUUAAGGGCUGGACAUCAUUUAAACGCAGAAUAA